GGAUUCCGGCUGCUGCGUGAAGCUCGUCCCACUGUGGCCGGGAGAAGCCGGAGCCCCGGCACGGUGAUAUCUGAGAAGCUACCGCGAUUCCAGCAGCGCUGCCUGUGCCUCUGCCCGACGGCAGUUUUCCGAGCCGGGCCAUCGGCUCCUCGGUGAGACGGGAGCAGUGGCGGCUGCUGAAUGACCAGCAAACGCUUCUGGAGGGCGGGAAAGCGAAAACUCGUUGGGAUAAUUAGGUGGCAAACAAGCGUUGGGGAUCGGACUGACAGGAUUUCUCCGGCCUUGACACCUGCCUUGCUCCUCCGUGCCUUCGGAUCCAGCGUCGCCGGCCGGCUCUGUCCAAAACCGCUGGCCAGCGUGGGGUGCGGGGGGGGGGGUGCCCCCCCCGACGCUUAACAGGACCCUCUGGCCUCCCCCCGUCUGCGAUUUUUGGGUGCUGAAAGAGGGGGCCGGGAGCACCCGGCGGGGGGGAGAUGGUUCCGAAACGCCGAUCCCUGUCUCUGGAGCCCGUGGCGAAGCUCCGGGAAAAUACUGGGAUACAGGGAUAAGCCGAACCCGUCCCCACUCUGAGGGGCUGCGGGUGAUGCUGGUGGGGGAGCCGGCGGUUCCGUACCCCGUUCCCGGUGGGAUACGCUGUGUUCUCCGGCAAAGCUCCUCGCCAUGGCCGAGCAUGCGGAGCUGCUGGCGGAGAUGCCGGCGGUGGCACGGCUGAGCACGCCGGAGCGACUGAAGCAUGCUCAGAAACGCCGGGCCCAGCAGCUGAAAAAAUGGGCGCAGACGGAGAAGGAGAUGCAGGGGAUGAAGGUUGGAGCCGAGAGGAAGAAGAGGAGGAGGAAGAGCAACAGCCAGGGGAAGAGGGUGACGUUCCCCGCCAGUGUCCGGCUGCUGGAGGCGGCCGCCCGGCAGGACGCUGAGGAAGUCCGGCAGUUCCUGCAGAGCGGCAUCAGCCCCGACCUCUGCAACGAGGACGGUCUCACCGCGCUGCACCAGUGCUGCAUCGACGACUACGGUGAUGUGGUGACGGUGCUGCUGGAAGCCGGCGCCGAUGUUAACGCCCAUGACAGCGAGCUCUGGACGCCGCUCCACGCUGCCGCCACCUGCGGCCACCUCCACCUGGUCCAGCUCCUCAUCCAAUGCGGCGCCGACCUCCUCGCCGUCAACUCGGACGGGAACAUGCCCUACGACCUGUGCGAGGACGAGGUGACCCUCGACUGCAUCGAGACUGCCAUGGCGGAGCAGGGUAUCACCCAGGAGAAGAUCGAGGAGGCUCGCGCCGCCACCGAGCGCGGCAUGGUGCAGGAGAUCCGGCAGCUGGUAGAGGCGGGAGCCGACCUGGACGCGCCACGGGGACACGGUGCCACGUUGCUGCACAUCGCGGCGGCCAACGGUUACGUGGAGGCGGCCGAGCUGCUGCUGGAGCACCGGGCCGGCAUCGACGCCAGGGACGAGGACGGUUGGGAGCCUCUCCACGCCGCCGCUUGUUGGGGACAGGUGCAGCUGGUGGAGCUGCUGGUGGCUCACGGCGCCAACCUCAACGGGAAAUCGGUGCUGGAUGAGACCCCCUUGGAUGUCUGCGGCGACGAGGAGGUGCGGGCCAAACUCCUGGAGCUGAAACACAAACACGACGCCGUCAUGAAAUCCCAUGAGAAACACAAAUCCUUGCUCCAACGUCGCACCUCCAGCGCCGGCAGCCGCGGGAAGGUGGUGCGGCGGGUGAGCGUCUCGGAGCGCACCAACCUUUACCGGAAGGAACACGAGCGCGAAGCCAUCGUCUGGCAACGCGCCGAGCACCGUGACAGCGAGGACGAGGACCGGCAGACGGAUGCCGAGCUCCGCCGCCGCUUGGCCGAUCCCGCAGGAUCGACGAUGGCAGAACCCCCCGAGCUCCCGCCGCAACGCAACGGCACGGCCCUCUGUUCCAAAAAACCGGAGCCCGGCGUCGGCGGCGUCACUGCGACGGACCCGGCACGGGAGAAAACCCACCAUACCCUCGCCGACCUCAAACGGCACCGAGCGGCCGCCAAACUCCAGCGCCCGCGCUCCGAGGAGCACCCACGUCCCCAGGAGCACCCCGUGGCGGGGAACCCCGCUUCCCCUCCGGCACCGACACCGGUACCGGCACCCACCGGCGGCACCGGCGACCCCCCUCUCCUCAAACUGACGGCUCCGGCCGAGGAGGCUCCGGCCGAGAAGCAGCGCUGCUGUAAGGUGAUGUGA